AGUGUGUGCAGCAGUUUCUGUUUCUAGGCAGAUAGCCAGCUUCCUUACAAGCUGUUGCCUGAAACACUUGCGGAAUUAGUUUUAAUCAACUUUGCUUUUACUUUUCAGUAAAAUGUCUGGAGCUGACGACUUUUCGUUGGCAGAUGCUUUACCAGAUCAGUCACCUGCUAAAGCCUCCAAAGUGAGCAACACGAAACCCAGUCAGCAACCUGGGCAGCCACCGCAAGGUUGGCCAGCUUCUAAUCCUUGGAACAACCCGAGUGCUCCACCAGCAGUGCCAUCUGGAUUGCCACCAAAUACGUCCGCCUCCAAUGUGCCGUUUGGCCCACCACCAACAGGAAUGUAUCCUUCAAUGCCCCCUGGACCACCUGCUCCAUUUCCUCCUCCUCCUACUGGACCCUCUUGCCCUCCUCCUACUGGUCCAUAUCCACCCCCAGCUGUUCCAGGUCCUGUCCCACCAGGGCAGUAUCCUCCACCAAAUAUGCCCUUUCCAGAGCUUCCAAGACCAUAUGGUGGUCCAACAGAGCCAGCUGCACCUCCUGCUCCUGUUGGGCCGUGGGGAUCCAUGCCCUCUGCAGCGUGGGGACCAACAAUGGGAGGGCAGUAUCCUGCACCUAGCAUGCCAUACCCACCCCCAGGGCCAUAUUCCACUCCCACCCAGACACCAGGGGCUGCACCCACAGUGCCAUGGGGUACUGUCCCACCUGGACCAUGGGGACCUUCACCACCAGGCCCGUUCCCUCCACCCACAGGAUCUUAUCCGGCUCCAGGACUGUACCCGACACCCCCUAAUCCUUUUCAAGUGCCGUCUGCUCCUGCUGGUGCUCCAUCAAUGCCUGGUGGCCCCCAUCCUUACCGUUGAACACAUGCUGGGCAACAAAGUACUGUAGCUUUCCACCUUCAUCUGAUAUUUACAGAGAUUUUUACAACUUUUGUUUCGGUAACGUUUGGGGUCGUGAAGAGCACUCGCCUCUUGUACGUGAAUGUUGAGGUAUGAAGGAGCACCCUGCAUAAAUUUAACUUGCUGGCAUCAUGUUUUGUUUUGUUCAAAUGACUUAAGAUGACCAAGCAGAAAAAUCGAUCCUGUGGUUCUUGGACAGAUGUUCUUGGGAGGGUGGGGGUGAGGGGGAAGCGGGAGUUGCCAAGUAAGGAUUAUAAAAUCAGGCCCAAAGAUUAACUAAAAUGUUUAAUCUUAAAUUUCAAUGACUGCUUUAAGUGUUGAUGCCAGAUUUGUGCUGGCCGUUAAAUGAAUGGAUCGUCAUAUGUUAUGUUGGAAUUUUCAGGUUCAUCCAAAAUGUCAAUAAAAGCAAUGUACUUCGAGAUUUUUAUUUUUUUUUUCCCCAAGAGGUCUAAUUUAAACAUGCUACAGUAACUCAGCAAACUAAGGAGGGACAGGGCAUGUGAAUUUGAAGGUGUUCUCAGCAUUUUGUAUAUACUCAUUCUCUGUCUGAGACUACAGCAGAGAAGCUCUAUAUUGAAAUACUUGGUCUGACUUGUGCGCACACCUGUUCAUACUCACCAACAGGCAUUUCUGUGCAAAUCAAGUACUUGGAUGUGCAGUUAAUUAACUUGGAAUGAACAAAUGUGAGGUUUGUGCAUGCAAACAAAGGUAUGAUUUUGCCACUCCCAAUUACGAAGUGGUGGCUAGAAGUUUGGCUUUGUCUGCAUAAGGAUAACUAAUUCCCACUGGAGUGUCAGUACUUACUUCCCUGUCUUGUAACCUGGGUCGUAAUUAUUUGAGAUUGACUUGGCUGCUGAGUUGUAUAAACUCUGCACAUUUUAUUCAUAAUCCCUGGAAACGAGGCCUGAGAUUAAGAGUACAAAUGACAAAAUGGCAAAAAAAUUGCUUCUUGCAUUGCACGUAGUCCUACUAGAUGCACCAGAUCUUGGGUUGCAUCUCGCUUCUGCCCUAUUUGGAAAUGAGCCAGUCUUGUCGGAGCUUCAGUAAAUGUGGUUUUGGGGUAGUCCUUUGUUCUGACCGAUGUGUAUAUUGUACCUCACUGAAUGACCUGAUACAGUUUGGGGCGAGCUGAACGACUAGAUGUCUGCGCUCUGCUGCAGAGCUGCCUUUCUCCUGAAUGGACGCUGCAGUCUGUUUCAUCCUCCUGCCAGUUCUCUUGGACAGAACAAACCUUUUUAGCUAUUUUUAGGGGACUAUUGCAACAGUAGUUUUGCAUCACACUGAGACUUGGGCGUUCUUAAAUUCAUGAUGGUACUUGAUGAGCUAGGCUUUGUUACCAUGGAAAAAACCAUGUUAUCCCAGCUGGGGAAAUCCUAACUCUACCUUGGUAGGUGGAAUUAAAAACAUAAGGGAAUUAGUGAUACUGAUGAUGGCUCGUUAGGAAUUCCCUUUGUAUUGUGGAUCUGUGAAAACAAGAUAAUUUUCUUUUCCCCUUCCUUGCCAUGGCCUCCUGCAUGCACGUAAUAAACUUAAAAAAAAAAUAAACUGGGUUGCCUGGUAGUGAGACUUGUUAGGCUGGCUUAACCUCCAUGGCAAUUGCAAAAGCCCUGGCAUCUUUUGCAGGGCAGAGCAGUCUGCUGCGGAGCUGCGGUCGUUCUAGCAUAUUGUCAUGAGGUCUGAUAGCCAGGAUAGAUCUGUCUAUAUUAGGAAGAAGAUAGUGGCACUGAACACAAUAAAGCAAAGGAUUGUCCCUAACACUUCAACAUAAAUCAUAGCAUUUUUGAGUCCUAGAAAUAAGAACCAGAAACUUUAUUUUUCUGUAAGAUUUUUUUCUCAUAAAUUUAGUGUGGGACGCUAUCCCUAUUAGAAUUGGAAUAAGAAAAAAUUCAAUUCGAGUGUAUUUGCCUAGAUUUCCCCACUACUAAUUAAUUCUAUAUCUGACUAUAAAUUGUGCAUUU